CAGAUCGAAAGAGUUUCCCUCUCGCCCCUCUGCUGAACAACAAGCCACUGACUUCUCGUCAGUCGACGUUGAAGACUGCUACGUACAUACGUGUAUAUGCUCGACACAAUUCGGUGUUGGCUACUCGCAACCCGUUCAUCGCACGAUCUAUCUGCACGAUAUAUUGAGAGAAAAAGUUCUGCGGGAGGAAGAGGAGAGAGAGAGAGAGAAAGAGAAGGAGAAAGAGGGGGUUCGUGGCACGCCGAGAGAGUUCAAGGUGUUGCACAACUUUGCGUCAGGCUGUGUGUUUCUCUCUCGAGAAAUCCUCGACUGACGGAAAAAACAGGAUUGAUAGUGAGUGUCGUAGCGUCUUUGACACGAAGCGAAAAAAUCAAUCGUUUUGGUGGCGUGACAUAGCGCGAUUAUACGGAGAGAUCGAGAAAACUAGACGAAACGAGCGCGCGUCUCGAUUACAUGUAGCUCUACCUAACAACAAGGAACCACAGAGAUCACGUGGAAAAAGACAUACGAUCGAUCCAGAAAACACUGUUUGCCUCCAGUAGCACGCACGGUUAUUUGUUUACCACGACUCACCUGAACGUUUUCUGAACGUGUUCAACGCCUUCGAACCGAUUGAUGGGCGGCAAAAAAUGUUGACAGGACACGUUUGUUUCGUUAACGCAUUCCAGAAUUAAAUUCUUGCCAGAAGAUAACCGUGUGCGUGUGUAAAGUCUAAAGUGGCCGUUCGCAAUCUCGUUCAACGUGGUUCGGUGACCGAUCGCGUGUGCGCGCGCGCGCACUCUCUUCGGUCCGAAGAAAGAACAAGAAGCAGUGGUGGAGUAGGGCAGAAGAAAAGGAAGAAGGACGCCAAAGGAGAAGGAGAACCGGGAGAAAAGGAAAAGAGGGAGGCACGCCGCGUGGACACAACCGUACGAUCGUGUGUCUGUUUCGUUUCGUUUUACCGCUUUUCGAGCGUGGUAGAUGAAGACUCGGGAAAGUUUCAGUUAAUAUCCGAUUUUUCCGAUUCCGUGUUUCUCUUGUUUUUUUUCUCUUUUGUUUUUUUUUUUCGUUCGUGAACGAUUUUACCACGUGGGAAUAAUAUCGUGCGAAGGAGAAGAAAACAUACGAGGAUUGUAAACAACCUAAAGCGUCGUUUGAUUGAAAGAAAACAAUCAUGUAUAAACUACUAGGAGGUCUUGGACAAUACUUGAAAUGGCAGGAAAUCACAACAGAUUCUAUGGUGUUUCGGUUACACAACCACUUUACAACGGUGCUGCUUUUCACGUGUUCGAUGGUAAUCACGGCCACCCAAUACGUAGGCAAUCCGAUCUCCUGCAUCGUUCAGGGUUUACCCACGCACCCUAUCAACACUUAUUGCUGGAUAACUUCUACAUUUACUAUGCCGGACGCAUUUAAUCGGCAGGUUGGUCUAGAGGUGGCGCAUCCAGGAGUAGCGAACGACUUCGGCGAUGUAGAUGCGAGGAAAUAUUAUACUUAUUACCAAUGGGUGUGCUUUGUGUUAUUCUUCCAGGCGGUACUAUGCUACGUUCCACAAUGGUUGUGGAAUAUGUGGGAGGGCGGUUUGAUCAACGCACUGGUUAUGGGUAUGAAUCACGGUCUCGAUCACGAAGAUAAUAUUCAAAAAAAGAAAUCUACGCUUAUGGUUUAUUUAAUGCAAUAUAGAAAGACGCACAACACGUAUGUGUACCGGUAUUUCGCCUGCGAGGCCCUCUGCCUCGUCAAUAUUUUCCUUCAACUGUACCUGAUGAAUCGGUUCUUCGACGGCGAAUUCCUCAGCUACGGAUUGCGAGUUCUACAAUUAUCCGACGUGCCGCAGGAGGAACGCGUGGAUCCUAUGGUCUAUGUUUUUCCACGCGUCACCAAAUGCAUUUUCCACAAGUAUGGUGCAUCGGGAACCAUACAGAAGCACGACUCCCUGUGCAUCCUGCCUUUGAACAUCGUGAACGAGAAAACGUACAUUUUCAUCUGGUUCUGGUACACCAUCCUGUCGAUAUUGUUGAUCGGCUUGAUGGUCUACAGAGCCGCCAUAAUCUUCGCCCCAGCCGUCAGGCCAAGAUUGCUCCAUCUGUCGUCACGACUUCUCUCCAUAGAAACCUGCAACAGUAUCAGCAAGAAGAUUGACCUUGGAGAUUGGUGGCUUCUCUACAUUCUCUCCUCUAACAUGGACUCGUUGAUCUACAGGGAUUUCUUGCAAGAGCUUACUAAAAAAAUGAGCGAUUCACAUUCAGUCGUUGCCUAGGCUAUAUUUUCCUACACUUUGUCAAUUAAAAUUAAAAGACAUAGGGAUAGAAAGGUAUCAGAGAAUUGUAACUGGACUGAUUCGUUGAUUGAUCAAUAGGAGGCAGAUUAUAUAUAUAUAUAUAUAUAUAUAUAUAUAUAUAUGUAUAUUCUGCUGGGAAAUUAUUUUUCUCUAGAGAAAAUUAAAAAUCGUUAAAAGAAAAUAUAUAUGUAGACCUGAGCGCAUUUAUGUAUAAAAUGAAGCGAGAAUUCUCUCUAAAGAUAUUUUCCUAAACUAGCGCUUAAAGGAAGGAACAAUUGCUAUAUACGACUGAUUGUAGAAAAUGCGAUGAAGACAUUCCUAAUGCCGCAUUAAAGUGACCACUUUAGGAUCUCUGUGUGUGUGUGUGCUUCUUGUGCGUGCGUAUUGUAUGUGUGUGCGUAUGUAUACGUGGAGGAUAUGGAUAGCUGCGUGUUAUGUAUAACUCACGCGUGUAUCAUCAUUGUUUUUCAACGAUUAGGUCUCCCUAGAGAGAAUCGUUUCUCUAUCUUUUCAUUUAGUGUUCGUUCCCCAAAGCAAACAAAGCUAUUUUAUUUCUUCGAGUAUUGCUCAAAGCAAAUCGUUUCCAGUAGGAUUAGAAAAAUUUCUUGAUCUGGUGAGGAUUCUUAUUACGUGCAAGGAUAAUGUAUUUGUACUGUGCAACGUCUUUUUUUGCUAUGAGAUCAUCAUACUGGUUUUUUUUUUCUUACUCGAUCUCCGUGAUUAUGACAUAUAUAAUACACGUGUGUAUUGUGUGUCUUACGAAAGACGAUAUUAUGAUACAUUCCUGUAUAGUGUAUACAAAUUAAUUCAAAUUUUUUUUUUCUUUAAAAUAAUGGAAAGAUAUAUAUAUAUAUUUUUUUUUAGUAUAUAUACCGAAUUUUUAAACAUAUAUUUUAUGUUAAAAUAUACUUUAGGGAUAAUCCUUUCACGUGAUCAAGUAAUUACAAUACCAAUUUAAAAUUAUAUGUAAUAGGUUGAAGAUGUAAGAAUUUUGGUAUGGUAUAAAAUGAAUAUUUUUACUCGGUGGAUUUUCUACAUAUAGUUGUAUUUUAAUAGCGUUUAAAACAGUAUCUUUUUAAUUAAUAAAAAGAAUACUGAAAAAUCUUUAAAUAAUUGUUAUUAUAAAGUUGUUAUGAUUAAUUCUAAUCCAUUUUUCGUGGAAAAAGAAAUGGAAAAAAGCGCAUGUUGGAGUAAACAUUCUAUCUGUAUUGAUCUAGGCUCUAUUUACCCAUUUGUGUUCCAUCGACAAGGAAACAUUGUCGAAGAAGACUUCUGUUAAACUGUUUUUUUCCCCCAACGCUAUAUAUAUAUACACUUUUCAUUACGUUUCAUUAAUCAAUAUCUAUGUCUACGACUUUAUAAGCGUUAAACAAUUUGUACCAUAUGCAUGUAUUUCCUAUUGGAAAAUAAGAACGAAUUUUAAACAGAAGAAAGCCGAAUUUUAACGGUACUAUUUUUAUUUUAGGCGGUUAAUAAGCGAUUAAAUGAGAGAAUUAAAGAUUGACAAAUAUGAAUAAUAAGCGUUUUAUACGACUUUACAAUUUAUACUUAUCUACUUUCAGUGAUAUUGUAUGAAAUGAAAUAUUCGUAUAAUAAGCACA